ACUGCGGUAUCUGGUACCACAUGUUGGCAACAAGUUCUUUAACUUGUUUGUCCAGGAAAAUGAAGCUCGAUUGGGUUGGCCAACACGUAAAACCAUUCCUGAAGCAGUUCUACCGCCUGGUUGUGAUCCUGCUGAAAGGAACCACCGCCAUCAGGGAACACGGUUUCCUUGAAACGAUCUUCAAUGAUCAAUGAUGAAAUGUUCUGCAACAAUGAUCACGUAGGCAGUAUGUGUCAAAGUAACAUCCACGUGGGUGGUAGGAUCCAAUGUUUCCCAGCUAAACAUUUCCCAAACCAUCACACUACCUGUUAACUCAGCUAUCAGUUUUACUCCAGAAAGAGCACAGAUCACGUUGGCAGGGGAGCUGGCCAGUAAGUCGUUCAGAACUACUGGGAGCAGUGGGUUUACUUGGAUUAAAGGUGGUCUAGGGUUUACUGGGCUAGCAACACACCAACUGUUCUUCUUGAGGAGACUUCCAUCAUUUAAAAUCUGACAGAACCUCCUUUGGAUGUUUGACUAAUCUGCGGUUCUAGUAUAAUUUGUACUGAGAUGGCGCCACAUUAAAGAAGGGGGUCAAGUAGAAGAUGUGGGAGGCAGCUUUAAAGACCUCAGGGUCUGAUCUGUAAAAGGUUUGCAUGUACAAAAACACUUGUGCACAAACCUGACCUACAAAAACCUGCUGCAAGGUGGGUUGUAGGUGUCAAAUAAUCUGGGCAGCAGGAACAAACUUAUAGCAAGUUCAAGAAUAUACAAAACAUGUUUUUGAAAGGAGGAUAUGCAAAUGUAAUCCCUGACCACCCUGGAACCAAUUUAUCACUGAAACGGAUUGUGGGGUCUAUAUAAAGCACUGGCAGGUGAUAACUGGCACGCAAAAUGUUCAGCCAUGUCCCAACUACACAUGGAUACUGAAUGAAACUGGCUUACGGUACCACUAAAAACCCACUCUAACAUCCCACAUUAAUUAUCAAUUAAGCAAUGAACAGCAACAUCACAUCAUACUUACAUUCAUAACAAAUAUUCGACUGAAAGCAUAACUUAAAUGUUGAAUGUCUGGUUUGGAGCGCAUGUUGAGGCUGAACCAAACAACUUUCAGGCAAAUCCACUAUAAUUACAUGGUGAGAAGGCACAAGGACUCUGAGUCACACUAAACAGACAGACUCGCUAAACUACGAGCGAGUCCAACUACAAAACAAACAGGUGUAUCAUGGGUAAUGUAGUGUAGGACACUGACUUCACUCGGCACAUAACAAAGGAGGUAAAAAUCCACAAUCCGUCCCCAGCUAGGAGAACCAGAACCACUAUCCAUGUCCCUUCUGUUCCCAUGAGGCGCAUAAACCAGCUGGAUAUCCAGAUAUAACAUCUUGCCAGUUCAACACCAUCAGAGAGAAAUGUCAGAGAAGUCAACUACAGGAUGGAAAAGGGCCCUGACAAAGAUCCUGGAGGACCUUAGUGAAGAGCAGUACCAAAAGAUGCUGGAAUUUCUGGAUGAAAUCCCUAAAAGUGUGAAGAGAUGCAGCUUAAGAGAACACAUGACUCAAUCCAUAAUCGAGCACUAUGGAGAGGAUGGGUCCAUCUCUGAAAUAAGUAAAAUCAUGGAAGAGAUACCGAGGAGAGAUCAUGCCAUUCAGGACCUGCUGCAUCCGUUUGUGGAGAAACUGGAAGAAGACAAAAAAGGGGAGAAGAAGAAAAGAAACGGAGCCUGCUCAAAGCCAGAGAAGAAGAGACGGAGAUCUUCAGCUGGGUUUCAGAAGAACAAUGUUGUGAACGAUUCUGAUUCUUCAGAUGAUGAAAGUCAGAAUGACGAUCCAGAACAUCUUCAGUCUGAUAAGAAGAUAGAGAUACCAUCAUGGAGAACCAGCAUCAAGAAUCUGAAAAAUUCUGGAGACACUGACAAAAAACCUAUAAUUGCAAAGGUUGUUCAGAAAUCUGGUCUGCGUACGUAUGAAACCAAAACCAAGGAAAAGAAGUUCUUCUUCUACCUGGGAGUGGCUGAUGAGACCGACUGCAUCAAAGUGAUGGUGUAUGGAAAAGAGCGAUUUAAGAGUCUUGAAGAGGGGCGCACUUACCUUUUCAGAAAAGUCCUAAUGGACAAAGAGGUCAUGAAGGUCACCAAGAAAACCAUAUUCUCAAAGACCAGGGAGACUGAAGUGUCCAAGGAUCUGGAGCUGCAGACCCAGAUGCUGGUUUACAACCAGAGUCCAGUUUGCUCCAUCAUGAAGAUCCAAUCCUUUGAUGAGAUGACAUCAGUAGUGAGUGUUGAAGGAACCGUGACUGAGAUCUCCGUAGAACAAGUCAAACUGAAGAGAAAACGGACCAAAGAAAAGAUGAUCAGGUUCCAACUUAAAGAUAAAACUGGUUCAAUCUGGAUCACACUCUGGCGCAAAGACAUGGAGCAGCUGAGAGAAACGUCCGUCGGAGACUUCGUCAAGGUGAUCAACGUAAAGACGAGCCGGUACCAUGAGACAGUGUACCUGAACUCCACUGACUUCACCAGAAUCUGCAAGGUCCAAAGUGCUCCUGUCCAGAAUGUCACCAUUGAGAUUGUGGGGAUCAUAAAAUCUGGAAGGAUGGAGUCUGAGCUGGAGGUGCUGAUCAACAACCAGGUGAACACCUUCAUCAUAGCCUCUCCUCUCCUGGCUGAGGUUCUUGGUGUCAGGCUGGCAGACGACCUUGAGGACAGACUCCUGGAGAAGAUCCCGUUUUUAGUCCAAGCAGAGAUACAAGGAAACAAAAUCACGGAUCUUAAAGCUGCAGAAGAAAUGUAAACUGACCAGAACCGGGCCUUUAGACCUGAUUGUCACAAACCCGUUUUUCAAUGUCUGGAUAGAAUCAUGCAGCAUAAUUUAUCUGAUUUGUUCUUCUUGUUGACUUAAAUCAUCCUGAAUUUUAUGGUUUUAAUGUUUCUGUUUGUUUUAUUGUGGAAAAUUCUUUUAGUGCUGAACUUCUCUUUACCUUUGACCUCUGACCUCUGUGUUUUGGUUACUUAAGAGCAGAUGAGCUCUAAAUUCAUUAUCAGGAGUUUUAUGGUUAAACACUCCCUGAAGUGUUGUAUCUAAAGGGAUGGUAGAUCGGUGCUCUCAUAAAUAACUUAACCUCUGACCCGGGGAGGGUUCUAGGGGUUAUAUUUCCAAACUCUUUUUAAGUUGAGGUAAUAACCACUUACUGCGGUAAAUACUGAUCGUUGAUCUGCUUCACUAAACUAAACUCAGUGACGGAGUCUUCAAACGUUGAAAUGCCUUUGAAUAAAUUUAUAAAGACAAAGUCCGAUCUUUCUCUUGUUAAUGAGUUCAUUUCUCUCCACUUUGAUAAGAAAAUCCACAACAAUUUCUAUCAACUUUAAAGUCUCAACGGUUUGAGAGGACAUUUUUGGUUCUUUGAGAAUCUGAUGUUCUGAAACGGUUCUGUUGUAAUAAAGGACCUGAAACACUAAAACCUCA